AACGUAAAGUUGGCGCCGUUCCUCGAUCAGGUUGUCAAACUUUCGCAAAGAAUUUUUCCAAAAUAAAAACAAUAAAUUUGGAAAAUAGGGAAAACUCAGCGACGGCAUUUAGCAAUUUUGGAAAUCACUUCAAAUGAUGUGAAAAUUCUGGUACAGGCGAGACAACCCUUGCGCAAAAAGAGUCGCUAGUGAACAUAACCACAAAAAAUAAGACGCUGUCAUUACUGUAAAAAUUGAUUUUUUUCGUCUAUUUUCCACUGGGUAUUGUUAAAUAUGCCUUUGAUUUGAGCAAGCAACAAUGUGGCCCGUGCUGUUGGAUAUGACAAAAGAAGAAUCCAUGCAAAGUUUGCGGAAUUUAGAACUGGAAGCCUAUGCCCAUCUCGUGUCGGCGCUGCGAGCCCAAGGCCCCCUUAACCCCGACAAACGCAAACUCCUGAAGGACACCAGCCAGGUGCUUAAUAUCCCACAGGACCGCCACAAAGCCGAAAUUCGGAGAGCCGUCAACGACGAAAAACUCAACACGAUCGCAUAUCAUGUUACAGGCUUGACUGAAUCGCUGGAAGAUUGGGCGCAAGAGGGGCGCAGGUCCGUGCCGCUGCUACCCAGAAUGGCCCCCCAGACCGCCUACUCCGCCAUCGCCGAUGAGGCGGCCGAAAACGCCAACCAGACCAACAAACAACUGCCCUAUCCUGCCGCCACCGAGCGAAAACGGCCCCCAAUGCAGCCCCCCGUGCCAACGGCGCCAGAAACGAGCAAGGGGGCGCAGUUCCGAGUCCCAGAAACACCCAAAAUUGAAGACAGCAAGAAGCGGAAACUACCCAUUUGUACGGAAAAUAGCAGUCUCGCGCAGCACCUCCUAGGCCCCCCGAAGAUGAGUCGGACUCAACAAAUAUACAGGCAACGGACGAAAGGGGCAAUACUGAAAGAACAGAUGAAGCUGAAGCCGCAGUCAAAAAUCCCAUUUAAUCCGAUUAUGCAGUCGUCAAACGGCCCCAAAGUAGUGUUGCCCCCAAGUGGCGAAGAAACAAUCGAGCAGAUUCAAAACGAGAUAAAUAAUUACCCCCAAAAAUCUGACGCCCCAAGUUGUUCCAAUGAGAAUCAAGCACCUCGUGCUAAACUCUUCACUCCAACUAAACCCACCCAGAGUUUAACUUUCAAACAAAUCACAACAGCAGGCACUAGUGACGUGAAAUUGUGCCCAAAAAAGACCAUCACUAAACCGGGGACUCCCCUGGGACAGAAACUAAUCGUUGUGUCGAACGCUCAAACGAUUCAUACCUCUAGUAUUCUACAAAAGACUUUGUCGAUACCGUUGGUUAAAAAUAUCUCUGUGAAAAAUUUCGAAAAGUUUAAGAUUGUCACGACAAGUAGCCCACAGCUCGUCACUGCCGCCAAUAAUAUCAAUUCGUUGAAACAUAAAGUUGUGACUGUUAAAACAAAUCCGACGACUAAGAAAGUGAUUCCGCUCUCGUUGCUUAAUUCAAAAGGGGGGAUUAAAGUGUUGCCAAUUGGGGGUAAAAUAGUGGGGAAGACAACAACGAGCACCUCCUCGCCCCCAUUGUACAUCGUGAAUACAGUGGCCCCCAAAACCACGACGCCCGCAGUGGUGACAGAGGCGCCGCCCAGUGUGAGUAAAGAAAAUGGGAAAUCGUCGGUUUUGGGCGAUAUUUUGAAGGCGUCUGGUGUUACAACUGACGAUUUUGAUACGCAAAUUGAGGAGUUUAGAAUUCCGAAUAAUCAUGUGGCUGAGGAACAAGUGGAGCAAGUUGAAGAGGAGGAACAAGUUACGUCGAGUGAAAAGGGCGAUUUUUUUAUUCUGCCUGAAGGUGAAGUUGUGGAAAUGAAAAGUGACAGUACAAAAACAAACGAAGAACAAUUUUCAAGCGCUGAUGUCGUGACAGAUGAUAGUGAAACAGUGAUUUUGCAAGUUCAGAGUUCGGAAUUAACAAGUGUUGGUGAUGCUGCUAACUGAUAUUUAUUUAUUUUCUAAUUUAUUAUUAUUAAAUUAAUCCGUUGACUUUUUUUAAGAUGCAUUAGUUCAACUUUUUGUACAUUAUCGCUAUAUUUUAUCAGACGUUUUGCUCAAUAAAUGUUCAAUCACUUUGUGUUGCCAAUCAAAAUUCAUGUAGCAGUUUUGCGUAUUUUAGCAUUUUACUGAAAAUUUUGUACAUAUGUAAUAGAAAAUGAUUGUAGUUAAACAAAUUCAUUGAAUAUAUUCUGUACGUUUAAAUAAACCAUUUUUAUUUUAAA